GCAAAAAUGCAACCACUUUCAGGUGUCUUGCUAUUGCUUCUUACCUGCCAGCUUGCUACGCCAACACCAAUUUUCGAUAGAGAUGGAACAAGUUUUCAAGGUCGAUCAACUGGAUUCGGAGAAACAAUACGAGAUUGGUUUAAAAUGAUCAAGGACCGAAUUGUGGGAAAAUGGCGAGAGUGGUUUGGCAAAGAUGGUCCAACUCCGACUUUAUCACCGCAGGAUAUUUUGAAUAUUGAUAAGACCUUGGAGAGUCGAAUAUCGGGCUAUCCAGGCUUGUUCUUAGAUUUGUGCAAUGAUUACAAGGACAGCGAUUCGGAUGAGUGGGACAUAAUGCCCAUUAUGCCGAAUUUGCCAUCACCUCCUAUAUUUGGGAUCGACUGGACGCCUGACUUCAGUAAACUUCCAACAGAAAUUCCGAGAACUACGCAACCUUCAACAGCUACACCAAAGAUCGAAUUGACUACAUCGAGACAACAGACAACCACCAAAACUAUUGCUCAAACGCAAUCAGAUUUAACUUCGACCGAAUCAACAGUAAGAACCACCGAGGCUAUCAUGACUUCUACCGAAUCGAUUCCACUUACUACCCAAUUAAUUACAACUUCUAUAGAGCCGAAUAUAGAAAUUGAUUCAUCAAGUGAAGAAAUUAUAAUUUCCAGUGAAUCUGUUAUAAUAAAUAGUGUGCCGGUUGCAACACCUACUGAACCUACAUUAACAUUUAACGAGUCAAUUACUGAAUCAAUUGUUUCGUCAAUUGAUACUACUAUGUUUUCCAUCACGUCGACAUUAUCCACUGAUCUGACUUCUAUCAAAUCGACUGAAACGUCUAUCGAAUCUACUGCAGUUUUUAAUGAAGCAGAUAUUACAUCCUCUGAGGAAUUAACUACUAUUACUACCACUGACUCACCCGAAACGUCCACCGAACAAAUUUUACCUUUCUUUAAUAAGCGAGUAGAAGAUAAUGAGACCGUCAAUAAACGCACCACAAAGAAACCUCGUCCAGCAUCUGCCGAAGUAAUAACGUUUUAAAACAGAUUGCGUAUUAUAAAAAGAAAAUUCAGGUGUAUCUUGAUUUUCAAUGUUUUUUUUAAUUAAGUUUUAAAGUACGUAAGUUGUAAGUA